CGUAAUGGCCUCAUGGCGGACACGGGGAAGGUGCAAGGUAAAAUCGCUAUGUGUGAGUCAAAGGUCGAUGAUGCGUGGGAGCACAACGACGUCUCGCCGCGCGGCCGUGGCCCCCGCGGCACGCAACAGUGUCUCACAUGCGACGGAGGCGAUCAUCUCCAUUCGUCAGGCGCAUGGGUUCAUGGCGAAAAACCACACGGGACUCUUGAUGUAUCGGGCGAUGCGGCAGCUGCGAUUGCUCAAAGUAAUGAAGUACCCAAAAAUCACAGGCCACAGCGCGUGCCUCGCAUCGGCAAAUACUUUCGACGACAUAUUAAGAAGCCAACACGGCGCUUGAAGCCUCCUAAAGGCAAGGUGAUCGACGGAAGGCACGAACAGUACACCUUAUCAUACACAAUGCAACUGGGAAUUCAAAGGUCUGUUGAAUAUGCGCAUUCGGUAGUGUUUUCAGUGUGCAAUUCUUUCGUGCGCUUAAGAACAUUGGCGCUAGGCACUACCAGACAGCUUUGACGCAGCAUGCGUGGAGACAACUAAGACGAAAUUCCCUCCGGAAGGAAGCGAUGUGACACCAGAGCACGCAAUGCGACAUUCUUUUACCGUCAAGGACUAUGCGCCUUGUGUGUUCUCUCGUAUCCGGGCUUUGAUGGGCGUGACUCCAGAGCUCUACCUAGAGUCACUGUGCUCAGGACUAUCAUUCAUUGACUUCAUUGCCAAUUCCCGGAGUGGACAGUUCUUUUUCUACUCUUUUGACGGGGUAUUCAUGAUCAAGACUGUGCGACAGGACGAAAAGGACUUUCUUCUCAGGCUACUGCCCGGCUACUACAAGCACCUGCUCAAGCAUGCCCUGAGACCAAAUAAUUUGUCAGGGGCCAACGACGUGUCUUUCUACCCUAAUGGGAACGCGUCGCUUCUCACUCGCUUUUAUGGACUUCAUUGCACAAAGCUGAGGCAUCUCCGGCGAAAGGUCCAUUUUGUUGUAAUGUCAUCGAUCUAUGGUGCAAACACAUCAUCGCGGAUGAUCCAAUUCGACCUCAAGGGCUCCCAGUACAAUCGAAGUGCACAGAAGGAAGACAAAGUCCUCAAAGAUAAUGAUUGCAUCGCCAUGGGAGUCAAGUUGCGCGUCAGCAGGGAUAAAGCAGAUGCUUUGCUAGAAUCUGCACGCCAUGAUGCAGCAUUUCUUGCGCGUCAUGGUGUCAUGGACUAUUCCCUCCUUGUUGGCAUAUUCCAGCCCGACGACGCACCUCAAAACACUCUAUUGUCUGACCCGACACCAAUCAGAGAGACGGAUUAUACCACAAGUAUCCAAAUGACAAAUGAUUCUCCUAGACCCUCUCUGAAUGAAGUACCAGCCAGCGAGCAACUCUCUGAAUUCAACUCUCGUCAUUUUUCAAGGCUACCAAGCUCCCUCAGUACGCCCAAAGAAAUAAACGAGAAGAGUACUUAUGCUAUCAGUACCACUCAGUCGCCCAAGGCACCAUGGGGUCUAAAUGCUGCUGAGAAUCAGAAUCCAUGCGGUAUGCGCAAUACCAAGACAUCCACCAAAGUAAACGCAGACGAGGCUAGGCUUCCUGCUGCUUACGAUGUUGCCAUUGAGGGCCUGUCAGACAGCGGCCAGCGUGAACUCUACUACCUCGGCAUCAUCGAUAUUUUGCAGAAGUAUACUGUUCGAAAGCACCUAGAGACCGACCUCAAUAUCAUCACAAGGGGACUUAAACAUUACAAGGAAUGCUCCUGUGUAUCACCAAACGAGUACCGCGAUCGCUUUCUCAAGUUCCUCAGUCGCAUAUUCUGA